GUGGCUGCCUUGUAUAUAAGCCGCAGCCAGCUCACCUCCUGUGUCCAGUAGUGUGUGUGUGAGUGUGUUGUGUGCAAGUUCUCCCUCAGUCCUCAAGAUGGCUUUCAAGAACCUUGUCGUCCUUCUCUUCGCCGUGGCGGCUGUCAACGCCGGCGUCAUCGGCUACGACGCGGCCCCCGCCGUCGUCAAGACCAUCGCCCCCGAGCCCUACGCCAACCCCGAGUACUCGUACAACUACGGCGUGCACGACAGCCACACCGGGGACAUCAAGGACGCCCAGGAGAGCCGAUCCGGCGACCACGUCGUCGGCCAGUACUCCCUGGUCGAGCCCGACGGCACCAAGCGCAUCGUCGACUACACCGCCGAUGACGUCAACGGUUUCAACGCCGUCGUCCGCAAGGAGGGAGUUGCGGUCCACGCCGCCCCCGUCGUCAAGGCCGUCGCCCCCGCCGUGUCUUACGCCGCCGCCCCCGCCGUGUCCUACGCCGCUGCCCCCGCAGUGUCCUACGCGGCUCCCGCCCCCGCUAUCGUUAAGUCCUACGCCGCUGCCCCGGCUGUGUCCUACGCUGCUGCCCCUGCUGUGUCCUACGCGGCUGCCCCCGCCGUGUCCUACGCCGCUGCUGCGCCCGCCAUCGUUAAGUCCUACGCCGCCCCCGCAGUGUCCUACGCCGCGGCUGCCCCCGCGAUUGUUAAGUCCUACGCCGCCCCCGCUGUGUCCUACGCCGCUGCUGCCCCCGCGGUCUCCUACGCUGCUGCUGCCCCCGCGGUCUCCUACGCUGCUGCUGCCCCUGCCAUCGUGAAGUCCUACGCCGCUCCCGCUGUGUCCUACGCUGCCCCCGCUGUGUCCUACGCCGCCCCCGCUGUGUCCUACGCGGCCGCCCCCGCCGUCGUCAAGUCGUACGCCGCUGCCCCCGCCGUGUCCUCAUCGUACAUCAGCCAGUCUAGCUCCUACGGCUACGCCGCUGCUGCCCCCGCCGUGUCCUAUGCCGCUGCCCCCGCUGUGUCCUACGCCGCUGCUGCUCCCGCUAUCGUCAAGUCCUACGCCGCCCCCGCAGUGUCCUACGCCGCUGCCGCCCCUGCCAUCGUCAAGUCCUACGCCGCCCCCGCUGUGUCCUACGCCGCCGCCCCCGCUGUGUCCUACGCUGCUGCCCCCGCGGUGUCCUACGCUGCCGCCGCCCCCGCCAUCGUCAAGUCGUACGCCGCCCCCGCUCUGUCCUACGCCGCCGCCCCCGCAGUGUCUACGGCGCUGCGUUAGCCGACCCCAACUGCCGCUACGGCCACGGCGCUCCUCUCUACUAAGCGCCCCUUCGACCGACCCCCGGCCCGCGACCCCGAUGUACAUAGUUGGCUCCGACCCCGCGCGUCGGGCCGGGGGAUAUUCCUGCGAAGUCUCGUCAUCGCUUCACUCGCCAUCCAUUCACCACCUCACGCGUUAACAUAUUGCUAACGCCAUCACCUCGCCCACCAUUGUCAGAAUACUGUAUUUAUUUAUUUAUUCUGCCAUAAUGUGUCCAUCAGGGCAAAAUAAAAGAAAAUACAAAAGAUA